UUCAUUUUACUUUGAGACGUGAACAUUUCGACAACACUACAAAUUCCCAAAAAAUAAAAAAAAAUAAAAAACCCCAGUCUUGUAAACAGUUUUUCGAAGGCGAUUCCAAAAUGGAGAGCGACGAGGGCGUGGGUGAGCGACCAUCGACAUCGGGUGCAUUGGUCAAGGAUCCCGAAUCUUUGAUCGGCAUAUCGGCAAUGCUGGGCUUUGCCCAAUCGGAGUAUUCCCUGAAUAUACAUACAUCCGAUCCGAUAAUGGCGAACCGGCGCCAUUUGGAGAGCGAAAACGAUGGCAAUGCCACCGAUGAGGAGGUCGAGAUCUGUAUAACCCGAUUGAAUUUUCUGGCCGAUCGGCGAAGGCGUUUGUAUAUGGACUGUCAGCUGUCGCUACCGGCGGGCGGAAGUGGCCCAAUGCAGGGCGGGGCGGAAGCCAUAUCCGUUUCCGCUGUGGAUAGUUGCAUCAGUUCACCGGAAGUUCGCUACGAACGACUUAGGACCUCAGCUGCCGAGCAACAAAAAUACUGGAGACUACAGAAAGUGUCAUUCGAAUGUCCCUUAAGUAACUGCGAUGUGAUGUGUAAUUCUGGCAAUCUUUUGAGCCACUGCCUGAUGGCUCAUGCAGAUAUCUUCGUGUGGGAAAUCAAGACGGCCGAAACGAAGAGCUUGAAGUUCAUUGGGAAAUCAAUGCCAGCCGCCUGGGGCAAAAGCAACUGUGUGGGUCUGCUGGUCUACGAAGGUGCCAAACAGGAGGCUAUGAACUCGAAUCUGCCAAAGAUCUAUACCGAGUGGGAGGGCCGUUUGCCAGUGUUGAUAAUGCUGUGGAAAACAUCCUGGGAUUCGGUACCGGGCGGUCCUCGGGUUGCCCACAUCUAUAUCCUUUGGCUACUUUGCACCCAAGCUCAACCACCUUUGAUGGUGACCGUGGAAACCGGGGCGAGUCCCUUAUGCUUGCCGCGUCGCCAAGUGAUCCUCACCUGCCCAAAUUCGGAUGUUCUGGAGAACUGUGACUUUCUUCGCGACAGCCAGCUCUUUAUGCGGUUCACCCAUCGUGAAAUGAAGGAACUCACCAGGGAUUAUUCGCAGGACAUCGAAAUGCAGUUCACUAUUCACGAAGUUGAGAAAAUCCAGAAGCUAGAUACCAUUGAUAUCAAAAAGGACGAUCAGAAUGAGCAUGAAAUUCCAGUGGCAGUGGAUGAGUUGCAAACUAGGAACCUAAAUAAUGAUGAUGAGACAUCCAAGGAUGAGUUUUGCCUCGAAAACCUAAAAGAUUGAAGGAAUUCAGUGUAAAUUAUCUUAUUUUCGAUUGAUUUUUCUAAAUUGUUUGCGUUACUUUGAUAGAUAAAAAUACAUGUCAUCCAAAUUUCGUUAGUAGCAAUAAAUGUUUUCUAAAAUUUAAGUAAAAAAACUGCAUAAAUUAAAAGCAAGGAAGUCAACAGCAAAA